AUGCUGACAUGGAAAAUGCUCGUUCACAUAAAAAGUUCUGGUAUAGAGAGGCCCAAAUCAGGAACUCAAAAUUCGUGCGAAAACAUCGCAGCGCGCGGGGCAAGAGGCAGCGUGUACAUCGCGGAGAGACGCGGCGAAGUGGCAACCCUGAUGCAGCGGCGGGGAGGCACCCGAGGCGACAAGGCCAAGUUCACCCCGAGUUUUGUAAAUAGGGGAGUAAUGGAAGGAGCACUCAGCACCGACGUAACCUUCGAGGGGGUCUCGGAAAAUCCCAACAUCGUGGAGGAGGAACACAAGGUGCUGUCCUACUGGAAGAGCAUCGACGCGUUUAAUACGUCAAACAGGUUAGCGGAAGGUAGAAAGCCGUUUAUAUUUUAUGAUGGUCCUCCCUUUGCCACGGGGCUCCCACAUUAUGGGCACCUCCUAGCAGGCAUCAUAAAAGACUGCGUGACGAGAUACAACUACCAGUGCGGGUUCUCCGUGGAGAGGAAGUUCGGAUGGGACUGUCACGGGCUGCCCAUCGAAUACGAAAUUGAGAAAGAAAAUAACAUAAACAAGAAGGAAGAUAUCCUAAAAAUGGGCAUCGAUGUAUAUAACGAAAAAUGUAGAAGCAUUGUGCUGAAGUACUCCAACGAGUGGGUCAAGACGGUGGAGAGGAUAGGAAGAUGGAUUGAUUUUAAGAACGACUACAAGACUAUGGAUACCACCUUUAUGGAGAGUGUGUGGUGGGUUUUCAGUGAACUGUACAAGAGAAAUUAUGUGUAUAAGUCUUUCAAGGUGAUGCCUUACUCAUGCAAAUGUAACACGCCAAUUUCGAACUUCGAGCUUAACCUUAAUUAUAAGGAUACCCCCGACCCAAGCAUUAUCGUCAGCUUUGUCCUUUUGUCUGACUUUCCGGCCGUGGAGGAGCCGAAGCAGCGGUUGGGGGAGAAGUUCGCUGUGCUGUACACUCAGAAGAGGGAGGACUGCCAGGUGAAAGCGACGGAGCAGGUACUAGGGCCGAGUCCACCAGGUGUAGAAGCAGAAUCCGCAGUAACCUCCGCAUCCGGAGGUGUCUCCCCCUCGCAGAGCGAAAUCCUCGCGUGGACCACCACCCCCUGGACGCUGCCCUCCAACUUGGCGCUCUGCGUGAAUGAGGCUUUCACUUACCUGCGCCUCCAUCACGUGAAAAGCAACCGAGUGGUGAUCGUGGCGGAAUGCAGACUGGAGUGGGUGCUAAAAGAGCUGAAAUGGAAUGUAGAAGAACUGCGACUGAUGAACCGCUUCACGGGGAAGUACCUGAAGGGGUUGCGAUAUAAGCCCCUUUUCAGCCAAUUCUACGACAAGCACGAUUUUAAAGAGAGGGCAUAUAGAAUCCUCGGAGACGACUUCGUGACAGACGAUGCGGGGACAGGCAUAGUGCACUGCGCACCGACGUAUGGAGAGGACGAUUUUAGAGUGUGCAAAAGUAAUGGAGUGAUCGACCCGGAGAAGUCCAUUUUCAUUGAUCCGAUCGAUGCAAAUGGAUACUUCACUAGCGAAGUGGAGAUGGUGCAGAAUCUGUAUAUCAAAGAUGCAGAUAAUGUGAUAAAGAGAUACUUAAAGAAUGAAAACCGACUUCUCAGCAACAACACCAUUGUUCAUUCUUACCCUUUCUGCUGGAGAAGCGACACCCCGUUGAUCUACAGAGCCAUCCCAGCAUGGUUCAUCCGAGUGAGCAACUCGACAAAGGAGCUCGUAAAAAAUAACGAGACAACUUAUUGGAUCCCUUACCACAUUAAGGAGAAAAAGUUCCACAAUUGGAUUACCGAUGCGAAGGAUUGGUGUAUCAGUCGGAACCGAUACUGGGGGACCCCCAUCCCUAUAUGGGCAGAUGAAAAAAUGGAGUCUGUCGUCUGCGUGGAAAGUAUAGCUCAUUUGGAAGAGCUCAGCGGAGUGAAAAAUAUAAGCGAUUUACACAGACACUUUAUUGAUAACAUCGAAAUUGAGAAUCCUAAGGGGAAGGAUUACCCCAAACUGAAACGCAUUUCAGAAGUGUUCGAUUGCUGGUUUGAGAGUGGCUCCAUGCCUUAUGCUAAGGUACAUUACCCAUUUAGCACAGAAAGGGAAAACUUCAACAAAAUUUUUCCAGCGGAUUUUAUCGCGGAAGGGUUAGACCAAACAAGAGGAUGGUUUUACACUCUCCUUGUCAUUAGCACGUUGUUAUUUGAUAAGGCUCCUUUUAAGAAUCUAAUCUGUAAUGGCCUGGUGCUCGCUUCAGAUGGAAAGAAAAUGAGUAAACGGCUGAAAAACUAUCCUGACCCUAUGUACAUUUUGGAUAAAUAUGGAGCAGACAGUUUGAGACUUUAUCUCAUUAACUCCGUCGCUGUGCGAGCUGAAAAUUUGAAAUUUCAAGAAAAGGGAGUAAACGAAGUGGUUAAGAGUUUCAUCCUCCCAUUCUAUCACAGCUUUCGAUUCUUCUCACAGGAGGUCACUCGAUAUGAAUGUCUGAAUAAGAAACCGUUCUGCUUCAACGAGGAAUGCCUCUACAAAAAUGAAAACAUCAUGGAUAGAUGGAUCUUCUCUUGUGUCCAAAAAUUGACCAAACUGGUGCACGUCGAAAUGAAGGCAUACAAAUUGUACAAUGUGCUUCCAAAGCUGUUGCAGUUUAUCGAAAAUUUGACCAACUGGUACAUACGACUUAAUCGGGAUCGAAUGAGGGGUACCCUGGGGGAGGAGAACUGCCUCCAGUCCCUCUGCACCACGUACAAGACGUUGUACCGAUUCACCGUCCUCAUGGCCCCCUUCACGCCCUUCAUUACGGAGUACAUAUAUAUGCAGCUGCGAAGGGUGCGCAGGGGAGCGGCGAGGAGUGAGGCGAUGGGCAAAGCAGCAUCUGGGAGUGACCCGGCCGAGACUGCGCCGCCUGACCAAAGCGUGCACUUCCUCAUGCUGCCGCAAGUCGACGAGAACUACUCCAUUGACGACGAAAUCAUCGAGCUGAUCGAAAAAAUGAAGACGGUCAUCCUCCUGGGAAGAGUCCUCCGGGAGAGGAGAAAGGUUGCCAGCAAAAAGCCACUAAAGAGCAUUACCGUUCUGCAUCCCACGAAGGAUUACUUCGAAAAAUUUGACCAAAUAAUGCACUACAUAAAGGAAGAGCUAAACGUUCUGCAGGUGUCCUGUUCUGAUGACACCAGCUGCAUUGACUUCACUGCCGUGCCGAAUUACAAAACGCUGGGAAGUAAAUUAGGAGCGAAUUUGAAGACGGUACAGAAUAAGAUAAAAAAUAUGGAUGCCAAAUCGAUUAGGCAAUACCAGAUCGAAGGGAAGAUAACCUUAGACGGAGUGACCCUGGAGGGGGAUGACAUCAUUAUACAGAUGAAGCCAACAUUCCAAGACAAAGACACAGACAUGAUAAGUAACGAAUCUGUGACGAUCCUCAUCGAUUUCAGCACAGACCAACAGUUAGAAAACAAGGCCAAUGCAAGAGAGUUGUGCAACCAUGUACAGAAGAUGAGAAAGAACCUUUCCCUAAAUCAGAACUCUCCUGUUAAAAUGCACGUAUACAUUGCAGACGAAACGCUCCGCAGCAACAUGGUGAGUGAGAUGGCAUACAUUAGGAAGUGCCUGCGCCGCGAGCUGAACGUGCUGCCUUCCCAGGCCGACUACGAGGGCCUCGCGGACAAGAUGCACGACGAGGAGAUCCUGCUGGCCGGCUGCCCCGUCCGCCUCGUCUUCGCCCAGGUUUAG